AGUUAACCCUUUCGUCCCCAGUGUGAGGAGUCGAUGUCGGCGGGCGACAUGUGCGUGUCGGCGGCACGCGCGGGUGCUGCAGCGCGAUGGCACCCCGGCUGCUUCGUGUGUGCCGCGUGCCAGGAGCUGCUGGUCGACCUGGUGUACUUCUGGAAGGACGGCCGCCUGUACUGCGGCCGCCACCACGCCGAGACGCUGAAGCCGCGCUGCUCCGCUUGUGAUGAGAUAAUACUAGCAGACGAGUGCACGGAGGCGGAGGGCCGCGCGUGGCACAUGAAGCACUUCGCGUGCGCCGAGUGCGCGCGGCAGCUGGGCGGCCAGCGCUACAUCAUGCGCGAGGCGCGGCCCUUCUGCCUGCCCUGCUUCGACGCCUGCUUCGCCGAGUACUGCGACGCCUGCGGCGAGCCCGUGGGCGUGGACCAGGGCCAGAUGUCGCACGAGGGCCAGCACUGGCACGCCACCGAGCGCUGCUUCGCCUGUCACACCUGCCGCGCCAGCCUCCUCGGCCGCCCCUUCCUCCCACGCAAAGGAGCCAUAUUCUGCUCCAUUGCUUGCUCGAAGGGAGAACCGCCGACGCCGUCGGACUCCUCCGGCCCGGGACCGAGACCCUCGCGUGUCCCUCGACCGAGGCGAGUCCCGUCGCCCAAAUCGCCGCCCCGAACCCCUGAAAGACAACCCUCGCCACACAUAGACGCCGAUUCUGAACCCAGCUGCUCGUUAGCGCCGGAAUCACCCCCACCACACCCACCGCCUCCGCCCCACGCUUGCCUAAGUCUAGAUCGAGCGCUAGCAGACUUGCGACUAGAACAAUCUAUGACAGAACACCAAAUACAACCGACUCCGACUUCGGAGGAACACAGAGAGGAGGAAUCGCCAGAAGACUGGAAACCUCCUCAUCCUGUUGAAGCCCAGGCGGUGGUGACUCCCGGCCACUCGUCAUCGAUGCCGGAGUUGACUUUAGUAGAUGGAAAAUCUCCGAGGAAAGCCAGAGGCGGAAGAACUGUGAGAUUUUGCGGAGACGACAACGAGGCCUUCGAGCCGGACGAGCCGGUGAGAAGAGAGAAGGUCCGAGACGACGACGCCAGCAGCUACUGCAGCACGUGCUCCUCGUCGUCGUCUUCAGCAGAAUCAUAUACCCUACCGACGAGAAGAGCAUACGGUGGAGUCCGAAUAUCGUACGUCCCCAACGACGCGGUCGCGUGCGCGCGCCGCGAGCGGCAGAGAAAGAACGCGCAAAACGACAAGAACUGCAUCAUCUCGUGAUCCUGGGUCCUCCUAGUGCCUCACAACCUCUCCUAGUGACAGCAACCUCCGAUUAAAAGACUGACUCUUUGAUAGGUUAGCCCCUAAACGCCAUAGUACUUUAAGACCGUAAUUUUAACCGCGAAUCGUCUUCCAAUGUAGAAAGAUCGCUUUAAUCGGCCAACUGGUGGGUUCGGCCGAGGGGUGUGAGCGCGCGGCGCCAGGUGUGCGCGGACGCACAAAGGCCCGCUAUCAAAGCGUGCGGUUUCGACAAAUUUGUUUGCAGUUUGAUUAUAAUUUGGGCGUAAUCGCGUCUAAACUUGCCACAUGCGUCAUUCAUCGAUACACCUUUCACGCCGAAUGGCUUUGCUUCUUUUUAUUCAGUUCACGUGGGGCUUAAAGUUAGUGUCUGUAUUAUAAACGUCAGCUUUAACUUAUUCGGGAGUUUAAUAUAUGCGUAAAUUAAUCCACAUAUCGUAUGCUUUUGUAACUAUAACUCAUAUCUUGUUAAAAAGUUAAUUUUAAGACAUAUCCCACUUUGCCACUUAGAUGUAACUGCUAGAUA